GCUGAUAUUAUCAGGCCUGUCUGGGGGGGGGGGGGAUUUGAGGUCCUGCCACACCUUAAUCAACAUUAAUGUCACCACCUCUGGGCAUUCUUGUUUUGUACCACUAGCCAUCAUGGCUCAGUGUUACAUAAUCCCAACAAUCUGAGCUAUGAACAGACAACUGAAAUAUGCCCUUGUGGUUUUUGUUAGAAUCAUCAAAAUUGAAGGCAUGGCUACCAAUCCCAAGAGGAGGACGAAGUUUAAGGAGCAAUAUACAAGAGAGUUCCCAUCCAUAAAGCGGGGUCGCACGGAAUUCGAAGUAACAUGUAUUCUCUGCAAUGCUUAUAUUUCCAUAUCGCAUGGUGGGAGAAAUGACAUCACCUCUCACCUUGCAACCACGAAGCAUAUGAAUGCUGCUAAAUGUGCUUCAGCCUCCAAGCAGUUAACAUCAUUUUUUGCACCAGGCAAACCUGAAGUAAAAAAGGUUGCUUUAGCAGAGGUAACAUUUGCCUUCCACACUGUUAAGCAUCACCAAUCAUACAAUUCAACAUCAUGCACGAGCAAGUUGAUGUCUGAAAUUUUUGGGGACUCUGAAAUAGCUAAAACCUUUUCAAGUUCAAAGACAAAAACUGAGGCGGUGGUAAACAAUGUCAUUUCACCUUUAAUUCAGGCCGAGUUAAAGAAAAGCCUUGACAAAUGUGGUUUUAUUGGUGUUAGUACAGAUGCUAGCAACCAUAAUUACCAUAAAAUAUUCCCAGUGAUUGUUCAGUACUUUGACAAAGAAGAGGGUGUUCAGUCAAAGCUUUUAGAAUUAGUGGAAUUGCAGAAUGAAACUUCUGACACUGUUUCAGAAUACCUUCACAGUGUUGUUGUACGUCAAGGAAUUGAUGGGAAAAUUAGCUCAUUUGGGGGAGACAAUACAAAUACCAAUUUUGGAGGUUUGUCAAGGAAAGGGACAAACAAUGUGUUUACCAAACUGCAAUCUAAGCUGGGCAGAACAGUUGUUGAGUGUCCUGCCCAUAUUUUGCACAACUCCAUACAAGUCGGGGUUCGCGAUCUCUCAGUCGAUAUUUACGCUACUAUAGAGAGGGUGUAUAAUCAUUUUUCGAUAUUCACUGUUAGGGUUGCAUCACUUAUGGAAUAUGGUGAGUUUGUGAAUGCAACAUACCAUGAUCUCUUGAAUAGUGUAAAAAACUAGGUGGUUAAGUCUCUUUCCAGCAAUUGAGAGGUUCUUGCAGAUGUUUGAACCACUGAAGACCUAUUUUUUGUCUGUCGAUACAUGCCCAGUCCAUAUUACAUCUUUUUUCUCUGAUGAAGCUGGGGAGGUCUAUUUUUGGUUUGUACAUUCACAAAUGAGUCUCUUUCAAAUGGCAAUGUGCAAAAUUGAGAAAAAAGACAUUUCAGUGAAUGAAGUCAGAUUGGUUUUAGAGGAAGUAAUUAAAACUUUGAAUGAAAGGCAUAGUCAAGCUUUCCUGUCAUCAAAGGUAAAUACUCUGUUAAGUGAUCUACCUGAAACAAGAUCUGUAAGAAUUAAAAAAGAAUUUAUGUCAUUUUAUGAAGAAAGUGUGAAAUAUCUGUCAAAAUGGAGCGAGUCUCUCUCUGAACUCAAACAUUUUGAUUGGCUACUUCUGAAGUCAUCAGUUUCAUGGGAAGAGGCAGAAUGUACUUUUUUGUGGCUAGAGAAAAAUAGUUAUUGUAAGAUUGAUGAAGGAAGGCUGUUUGAUCAGCUGACAAAACUGAAGGAUUUUCUGUCCGAGACUCAAACAGAUUCUGACUCGGAUACUUUGGCACACAAGAAGUGGGUUUUAUUUUUUAAAAGCUGUGUUUCAGAAGAACAAUAUUCUGAGCUUCUGAAGGUAGUGCAGUUUUACUUCUCUCUUCCAGGGCAUAAUGCCAAUGUAGAGAAAGUUUUCUCACUGAUGAAUGCCCAGUGGACUGGUGAGAGGAAUAGACUAGCUUUGCCAUCUAUUCGGGCCAUUCUGGACAUACAGUACAACAUGGCCAAUGAAAGUUGCUCUGAUUUUUACAAACUAAUGAGCAGCGAAGAAAAAUCAAAGUAUCUUGCAAAAGUACACACUUCUGAGAAGUACAGUUGGUGCAAGAAACCUGA